AUGGCGGACCUGGCGCUCCUACACAUGCCCGAGCUUCGGAUGCUAAUCUUUUCCUUUCAACGAGGCGUCCCGUACGCGCUGACACUCCCAAUGUGCAUGGGCGGAACGUCGAUGCCUGUGGGGAAGGCAUGGAGCCUCUUCCAAACCCUUACACAAGCCAGCUCUUCCGUCCGGACUGCCAACACUAUUCGCACGAAGCCCUCCAACGCUGACGCAGGCAAAGAAGUGACGUGGGCGAUUGCGCUGCUGGCCCAUCUUGACACCCACCAAGCCCACAACAUCGCCGACCACCUCGCAUUCGUCGAUCUGUAUGCGCAUCGAUGGCCACGCAUGUUCACACAGCUCGUUCUGGACGGGUUGGCCGAAACUGGGAAGGUCGCCAUCCUCGCGCACCUCUACUCGACCUACCGCGUGAUUUGCUCUGCCAAGGCCCUCAAGCGGGCGGCCCAAUUCGGACACUUGAGUGUGCUCGAGUACGUCCACGCGCACCAAAUCUACGACGAAUGGAGCGUGCAUGUGCUGGACAAAGCCGCCGCCAGUGGUCACUUGAACAUUGUCCAGUUCCUGCAUAGCCACCGACCCGAGGGCGGGACGACUGCAGCGAUGGACUUGGCCGCGCUAGGCGGGCAUUUUGAUGUGCUAGUCUUCCUCCACCACGCCCGGACCGAAGGCUGCACAACAAACGCCAUUCGCAACGCAGCCAAAGAGGGCCAUCUCGAUAUUGUCAAAUUCCUGAGCGCCCACCGCGUCGAAGGAUGCACGAAAGAGGCUCUCAACAUGGCGGCGGCGGCUGGUUACUUGGACAUUGUUCACUGGCUCGUCCAACACCGCACCGAAGGAAACGUCGAGGAAGCCAUGGUGUAUGCGGCGCGGCAUGGCCACGUCGACGUGGUCAAAUUUUUGCACGUGAAUGGGAGAUGUCGACGGACAAAGUCUCCGAGUUCGAGCAAGAUACUGGUCGAUGUGGCGGCUGCGAAUGGACACUUGGAUGUUGUACGAUUUAUCCACGAUGUCGCGGGGCAUGAAUUGCCCCCGUGGGGAUGGUGCAGUGCCCACGUCAAGGCCCUCGUGACCCCACGCCGGAAGAAUGGGGUUGUGACAGGCUUCUUUUAGGUAGCACCAAAUGUAGGCAGGAUUUAGUUUGGAUGAUGGCGUAAAAUCGUUUGUGGCGAGGGGCG